AUGUAUUACCAGCAUCCACACUUAAGUCCACUAAGGCCUGCUGCUUUCCGGCACUCGUCUUCGCUUGGGCUUCCUCCAGAUCGUCAUAUCAAGGAAGGACUGGACGUCACCAGACCCUUGCACACUUUGCUCGUCCCUCCCGUCCCUACACUUACAUCUAGUACCUCGACGGAUAUAAAACAUUACAAGUAUAUAGGAUCUUACAAUUGGACAGAGACUUCUUACCCAGCCGUAAUCAUCGUUCCAGGCUCUGCACCAGAAUGGACUGGCCGUUCUCCCCCUAUCAAGGUGACACCCGACAGGGGUGUACAGUUCGUCGACCAAAAUGGCUUCAGAUGCCCAUCUUCCAUCCUCCUGCCGCUGUUCAGAUCAGUAGACACACUCGGCAAGACAGUCGACUGGCCCGCAAUCGAUUUUGUCACCGACCGCAAUGGGUUGAGAAAGCUCUCCAGGUGGAUCAGUGGUGGCGACGUUAAGGAUUUUAGAAUUGAUAUGGAACUUGCCGGGGAGCAUACCGUCCUGCUGAACAGGUGGGAGGCUCAAACCAGAACCACUUUUUUGGGCAAAAGUUAUGGGUUUGGCUUCGAGCAGGCCACGACUGCUGCUGUUCCGGGGUGCGAGAAGAGUACCGGCCAUCAUCGAAUAGUCAAAUUUAAGUUUUUUGGCCUGAAUAUGGUCGUCCGAUAUGAGGUCGAUGCUUGUCUCCCAUCUGCACCUCCGAAAAUACCUGCCUCUCGGGCAAGUCAAUCCUCGAACCCAGAUGAUUUGGCUGAUGCCUUGGCCGGCCUCAAUAUCACCUCCAGCAAACCCGCGAAUACUCUGGCGGUCACUUCGCCGCCGUCUCCACAUGCGUCCUCGGCCCUACCCCCUCUACUUCGCAUCGUUCGCGCAGGCGCUGAGCAGCCUCAAGAAUCCAUCAUUGAACUCACCACGCGUUCCGAGAACUACAUCCACAAGCUCAACUGGGCCGAGAUAUUUCCCCAACUCUAUCUCUCGCAAACACCUCAUUUUUAUACCGGCGUUCACUCUGCAGGGAGGUUCUUCGAGGUUCGGGAGCAGAGAUUGGAUAGUUUGGAGAUGGUCUCGCAAAGGGAGAAGGCCGAAACCGGCCUUAGAAAACUGGGAAAAGUGCUGAAGAUGAUUCAGGAAAUCGUAGUUAAGCAUGGGAAAGCGGGAAGGUUGAGUCUGGUCUGCGAAGACGGGACCCUGAAGGUCUACGAACGAGUCAGUAUGCAGAGUUGUCUACCGGCGGAGGUCAUGAGGCGGUUUGAGAAGUGA